UUUAACCAACAUGCAGUAUCAGUGGGCUGAAGAUGACUUUGAUCUGCCCGAUGGGGUAGGUCGACUAGACCUCCCUGCGCCAGUUAGUGAUAAAAAAUAUGUCAUGUACCACGGCACCACCAGGCAGAGUGCUCAGUCAAUCCUGGCCACAGGUUUUCGGCAGUCUGCAGACGGGAUGCUCGGCCCCGGCGUCUACCUCAGCAGAGACCUGCAGAAAGCUAGCCGCUAUCCCAUUAAUCACCCUGAGUAUGACAAGGUCGUCAUUAGGGUUGAGGUCAAUGUGGGGAAAGUGAUCGCCAUCAAUCGUCAAGGCCACCCUCGUCAGAAGACCUGGCAUGACUCCAGAUAUGGCAAUGUGUAUGACACCGCCUGGGUACCACCUGGGUGUGGAAUGGUGAGGAGCGAUUUGGAGGAGGAUUGUGUCUGGGAUCCCAAUCAAAUCAAGAUCAUGAGUACCAUCACCCCACGCCCAGUCCAACCCUGCUUUGGAUAUGGUGCAUGGGGCUACAUACACCUUUAUGGAAUUUCUUUCCAAAGCCUGACGGUCCUUAUAAAAAGCAAAGUGAACUCGCAGCCUGCACUCUUGGAGGAACCUGGAGAGAGUGAUACUGAAACCAACAUGUCGUACCAGUGGGCUGAAGAUGACUUUGAUGUGCCCUGUGGGGUAUAUCUACUGGGCCUCGAUGCACCAGCUAGUGGUGAAAGUUACGUCAUGUACCAUGGCACCUCCAGGCAGAACGCGCAAUCCAUCCUGGCCACAGGUUUUCAGCAGUCUCCACGUGGGUUGCUCGGCCGCGGCGUCUACCUCAGCAGAGACCUGGAGAAAGCUAGCGGCUAUCCCAUGAAUCACCCUGAGUAUGACAAGGUCGUCAUUAAGGUCGUGGUCAGUGUGGGGGAAGUGAUCACCAUCGAUUAUCAAGGCCACCCUCGUCAGAAGACCUGGCAUGACUCCAGAUACGGCCCGGUGUAUGACACCGCCUGUGUACCACCUGGGUGUGGAAUGGUGAGGAACCCUUUGGAGGUGGAUUGUGUGUGGGAUCCCAAUCGAAUCCAGAUCAUUAGCACCAUCAAACCACGCCCAGUCCGGUCCUCCUAUGGAUAUGGUGCACAUGGCUACAAGUGCCACAGGUUUGCAGACGGGAUGCUCGGCCGCGGCAUCUACCUCAGCAGAGACCUGCAGAAAGCUCAUGACCCCAGAUACGGCCCGGUGUAUGACACCGCCUGGGUACCACCUGGGUGUGGAAUGGUGAGGAGCGAUUUGGAGGAGGAUUGUGUCUGGGAUCCCACUCAAAUCAAGAUCAUGAGUACCAUCAUCCCACGCCCAGUCCAAGCCUGCUUUGGAUAUGGUGCAUGGGGCUACAUCCUAAAGGUCCUUAUAAAAAGCAAAGUGAACUCGCAGCCUGCACUCUUGGAGGAACCUGGAGAGAGUGAUACUGAAACCAACAUGCAGUACCAGUGGGCUGAAGAUGACUUUGAUGUGCCCUGUGGGGUAGUUCGACUGGGCCUCUCUGAGCCAGUUAAUAAUAGACAGUAUGUCAUGUACCAUGGUACCACCAGGCAGAGUGCUCUAUUCAUCCUGGCCACAGGAUUUCAGCAGUCUGAAGACGGGAUGCUCGGCCCUGGCGUCUACCUCAGCAGAGACCUGCAGAAAGCUAGCCGCUAUCCCAUUGAUCACCCUGAGUAUGACAAGGUCGUCAUUAAGGUCGUGGUCAGUGUGGGGAAAGUGAUCGCCAUCAAUUAUCAAGGCCACCCUUGUCAGAAGACCUGGCAUGACUUCGGCUAUGACACCGCCUGGGUACCACCUGGGUGUGGAAUGGUGAGGAGUGGUUUGGAGGAGAAUUGUGUCUGGGAUCCCAGUCGAAUCCAGAUCAUUGGAGCCAUCAAACCACGCCCAGUCCAAGCCUUCUUUGAAUGUAGUCCAUGGGGCCAUAUGUUUUCCUCCCAAAGCCUGACGGUCCUUAUAAAAAGCAAAGUGAACUUACAGCCUGCACUCUUUGAGGAACCUGGAGAGAGUGAUACUGAAACCAACAUGUCGUACCAGUGGGCUGAAGAUGACUUUGAUCUGCCCCGUGGGGUAGGUCGACUGGGCCUCUCUGAGCCAGUUAAUAAUAGACAGUAUGUCAUGUACCAUGGUACCACCAGGAAGGCUGCUCAGUCCAUCCUGGCCAGAGGUUUUGAGCAGUCUGCAGGCGGGAUGCUCGGCCCCGGCGUCUACCUCAGCAGAGACCUAGAGAAAGCUAGCCGCUAUCCCAUUGAUCACCCUGAGUCUGACAGGGUUGUCAUUAGGGUUGAGGUCAACGUGGGGAAAGUGAUCGCCAUCAAUCGUCAAGGCCACCCUCGUCAGAAGAAUUGGCAUGACUCCAGAUACGGCCCGGUGUAUGACACCGCCUGGGUACCACCUGGGUGUGGAAUGGUGAGGAGCGAUUUGGAGGAGGAUUGUGUCUGGGAUCCCAGUCAAAUCCAGAUCAUUAGCACCAUCAAACCAAGCCCAGUCCAAGCCUCCGGUGGAUAUGGUGCACGGGGCUACAAGUGAGCUCUACGAGCUGUUACCAGUUUAUUUUCUAUGCUCAAAUGUAUUUUUAUAUAUUUGGAUAAAAAGUAAAUGACGCUGCAUUUUGCUACGGUGUCAUUGUAACCUGGAAAAUAAAUUGGUCAUGUUAAAUCUGA